AGAAGAAUAUCGUGGACUGCAAGAUAGAGAGAAUCGUUUAUUAGAUCUAUAAAUUUCGAAUUUCAAAUUAAACCUCAUCAUUUAAAAUGUCGCAGAAUGAAGAAGAAAAAUCUCAGAAUUCCAAUGGUUCGCCUCUUUCACUAAGUUCAGAAAACCGUGAACAAGCUGAGAUGGAUAUGAGUGUAGAUGAUUCACAACCAGCAAGUUCAGUGAUAAAUAAUGAGGAGAAUGAUCAGGUAGCAGCAUCUAUCGCGGAAGAAGAAAUUGAAAUUACCGAAAUUGAAUCACAAAAUGCGAACAAGUUAACCGAAAAUCAUCAAAUUUCUCGAAAUAAGCCUAAAGAUCCCGAUAUUAACAUGGAUAUUGAAGAACUAGUUAAAAGCAUAGGAGAUUCUUUAAUAUUCUAUGCACACUCUUUCCAACGAAAACUUAUUAAAAAAGUUAAUAAAAAAAUGACUGAAAUUGAAAAUUCUGUCGGGAAACAUACCAAUACUCCGGUAUUAUUAGAUGUAAAAGAAAAAAUUAAGGUAUUACAAAUUGUUUUACCCAUGGAGGAUGUAGAAAUUUUCAAAGUUUUCGACUGAAAGCAAUAAUGACAGUUGGUGCACGGCGAUCUGUAAGUGUAAAAGAAGCUGUUCCAAACAUUUUAAAAACAUUUAUAGGCAAACCCAUUCAACUAAUGUACAGCGCUGGUGGAAAGGGAAAUAAUAAGUUACCAUUUAAAGACACUGGGGCGAGCUGUCGAUCGUGAAGGUGGUCGAAAGGAACGAGGAUAGCUUGUAUCAUACAUUUAUUUCUUUUUAUAAACGUUUAUUUUCGCUUUAUCUAAACGUUAU